GAACCUAAACCUUGGGCUCAUAAGACCAACGCUCUAACCAACUGAGCUACGGGACCAUGUGUUAUAACAUUUUCUACUGUGUAUACAUGUGAGAGAGAGAUAGAGGCUUAAGAAUUUUGCUUUUCUGUUUUCGAGGAAUUGUGAUCUGCUCUUUGGGAAAGUUCCAAUUGACUAGGCAGUUGUUAGGGUUUCGGAUGAGAAUGGAAGCAAAACAGUUGCUCAAGGACAAGAAAUUCUGGUUCGCUUCAUUUCUAAUUGCCUGGGCAGCUUCUCUUCAGGGACACAUGAUGUGGCUACAGAAGCAGGACUCUUUCAAGCAGAAGUUUGGAACCUUAAAUCAAGACGAAAACAGAGAUGCUUGAAAAAUCUCCUUGUUUCGCUGCUUUGACUUUGCUUGAUUGAAGCCUGUUCCAUGUUUCUCAGAUUAUCUAAGAUGACGAAGCGUCCGUAGGUCCCAGGGGGCCAAGUUUUGUUCUGUGACUGUGGAUUAUCAGGGUUUAUCAUCGACUCGGGCGAAGAGGACGUUGAAAUCGAUAGAUGGCCUCGAUUCUGCUUUUUGCUACUGUUAUUGUAAGAAACAGAACAUUCUUUCGUUUCAAUCAUGCUUUGUUUGCUUUAUGAUUUCAACAUGACUUGGACUGCGAUAUAGCAAUUACUGCUUAUCACAUGGGAAAAGGGGUAAAUAGAAGAAACAGAUUACGAAUGAGCAUUUUUUGCCGUGAAAUUUACGGAGUUUAAACGC